GCAACAUUUGUUCGCUAAUAUAAAUCAGUAUGUAAUUAUGUCGCGCUUAUGGCUGUAGAUAAAACACGAUCGUUUGUUUUAUUUUCUUAUUUAACUCUGACGACUGUCGCGGUGGAGUAAUUAUUAUCGUUUUAGUAAAACUAUUUAUUUCUUUAUACUACAUUUUUUAGUGCGAUGAAUGUUUUUUAUAAUUAUUUUUUUAUAACAGUAGUCACUAUUUUUGCAUUUAAUUAUGGAACUGCUCUACGCACCUGGGUAACAACAGAUGAACUUGAAAAUCACAUUAGUCCAGACGAUCUGAAGGAAUUUGUUAAAUGGACUGCUAAAAGUAACUCCACGGCAACGACUACGCCCGUCAUCGACUACGCCAGCUAUGAGGAAACUACGUCUAUCCUUCCUGUCCCUGAUUUAGUCGACUGCUUCGGCUUAGGUUCUCUAACACGAAAAAUAUGGCUUUUCAACAUGCGCCCCGACUCCUCUGACGAUGUCAAUACACACUUCUACUUUUCUUCUCGUCGCAAUCCUGGCAGGGUUCAGGUCUUUGCUGGAUCACAAUUUGGUCUCGAAUGGGUGGACUUCGACCCGGAUAGAAGAACCAUAUUGAUCGUUCAUGGAUUUAUGAGUCACAGCAAUGCGUCUUGGGUACUCGAGAUGACGGGCGCUUUUCUUGAAUGGGCUGACGUGAAUGUUAUUGCCGUGGAUUGGAGUAAGGGCGGUAAUACUUGGAAAUAUUGGCGAGCUGUUGCCAACACACGACGAGUUGGUUCUGACGUUACUGGUUUUAUGAAGCAACUCAUGUCAGCAACUGGAGCUGAAGUGAAGGAUUUUCACUUCGUCGGUCACAGUCUUGGAGCUCACAUUGCAUCUUAUGUCUCCUAUCAUAUUGGCAAAGUUUCUAGAAUCACAGGCUUAGAUCCAGCGCAGCCAUGUUUUCGGACAUCAAAUCGUGUUGAGCGUUUAGACGAUACGGAUGCAGAUUUUGUUGACGUUAUUCACACAAAUGGGAGAUUGUUGCAGAAGAUUGGUUUUGGAUUACCUGAUCCCAUUGGUCAUGCAGACUUUUAUCCCAAUGGUGGUAUGAAACAGCCGGGAUGUGGAAACAAAACUAAUUCAAUUUGGGCACGAUUGUUACCAAUUUCGCCGUCUAAACUACAACAAGCGAUCUGCAGCCACGGCCGCGCUUAUCUUCUCUUCACGGAAUCUUUGAUCAACAAUAAUUGCACUUUUCAAGCUCAUAAAUGGAAUUUAACUUACGAAGGAGUCAAUGCGAGUCUGCUAGCCGCUUGUAACAUAUUGUCAUCUCCAUGUUCUGCGAUGGGCAUCCAAGCAGUGGGUGGGUCAGGUCAACCACGAGCUCGAGGAGGUUACUUCGUUUUGACGUCAGAAAAAGAGCCUUACUGUCAGGACGAUCUUCUUCAUCCAUUGUCAGACUUAUUACGUGAUUUACGUCAAGGAUUCCGUCUAGAUCGGUCGCAAAAAGCAAUACCGAGUGUAACACCAGCCUACGCUGACCCUGAUCUUGAAGAUGUUACUACAACAACUGCUAAGAGUUGGUUAAAGAAAUUGUUGAGUUUUGGUUAAAAUCUGUUUCUUCUAUAAUAUCAUUUGAAAACUAUAAUUUGUAAGAAAUGUAUCUACUAAUUUAU